AGCACAAAUCUAGCAGAUCGAUCCCCAAGAGAAAAUCAAGCACCUUCGAUCUCAUCAUCAAGCAAGCAAGGAGGAAUGGCGGCCGAGGAGGGAUGCGUGAUCGCGUGCCACACCAAGGAGGAAUUCGACUCCAACUUCGCCAAGGGCAAGGAGUCCGGCAAGCUGGUGAUCAUUGACUUCACUGCUUCAUGGUGCGGACCUUGCCGUGUCAUCGCCCCAGUGUUCGCUGAGUACGCCAAGAGGUUCCCUGGUGCCAUCUUCCUCAAGGUGGAUGUUGACGAGCUGAAGGAUGUCGCUGAAAAAUACCAGGUCGAGGCGAUGCCCACCUUCCUUUUCAUCAAGGACGGUGAGAAGGUUGACACCGUUGUUGGUGGCAGGAAGGACGAAAUCCAUAAGAAGCUCCUGGAACUCACUACCGCGCCUGCGUCUGCCUAAGAAACUGUUUAUCAAUAAGGGCAAGCACAACAUCAUUGUCCGCUUGUCUUGGGUGUGACUGGACAUCGUGUUGAUUUAUUUAGAGUUAAGGACUUAAGAUAUGUGUGCCGUAAGAUUUGAAAUUCCUUGUGUUCGCUCUACUUCGCUUACUGGGAAGUAAGAAUCUGACUGUUAUGUCUGAAUGUUAGUACCACAAAGUAAUACAAUGCUGUUUGUCA